CAAAGCGAAAGACGGGAAAAAUAGCAUUAGAAACUCGACUAAGGGAACUGUUCAUAUAGUUCAUAUAGUUCUCAGGUUUCAGCGCGGAUUUUGAUGUCAAGAAAAGUUAGGUAGAUACUAGAUAGACAAGAAUUAUAUUUGGCAUGUUUACUUAAGUUUUGCUUGAAUUCAAGAAAACAUCUUAUGCGUAUGUAGCUUGGCAUUUUUAAUCUAACACAUUCCUGCUGUGAAGCAGCUCUAAAAGUCAUUUUAGUGUUGGUUCAGGUACAAUCCAAUACCAGUCUGAAUUUCAUUGAAAUCUAUGUUUAUAAUCUAUAUUAGUAAAUAAAAAAGCAUUGUUCUAGUCGUUUCUAAGUAGCUAAAUAAUAUCUGUCAGAUAAUUAAAGUGCAUAGCCAAAUGCAUGUUCUUUUCCAUUUUAAAUUGAACAAUUUGUGAAAGGUGGGAAGUUAAUUGGGUAUGUGUUAGAUUAAACAAUGCCAAGCUACAUACGCAUACCUGGAAGAUGGUUUCUUGAAUUCAAAAAACAAAAAAAACAUUUAAGUGGAAAACGUGCACGAGCAGUAAGUAUCAGGCGCGUCCUCGCCUCUUCUUGUCUGAGCAAUAAAAUAACAUUUAAUCACUGCAUUGAAUUAACGUCCAUAACGAGAAACACACACAUCUCCUGUUCUUUGUUGUGUUUUUUUUUUAUAAGCCUUGUAUACAUCUGUAAGCGUCUCACGAAUAAAAUCCAAAUAUUCUGAGGCGGAAUGGUAAAUAAAUAAAUAUAUUCCCCAUUCAUCGUCUACUUCCUGGUGUUCAUCGGAAAAGAGCUGCUAGCGGAUAGCGAUGUUUACGGUCGGAUCUGACACCGGGCAUCAUAUCGUUUGCGCGACCGCGUAGAUUUGACGGACGUCAUUCUUUACGUUUUUACUGAGACGUGUAACCGAGAAGAUGUCUUCACAAUGACAGGACGAUGCAAUCAGUGUCAGACCAGGUGAUCACGCUAUCUCAGUCAGAUUACUAUCCUGUUAUCUCUAUGAUGAGACGAGGCUAUUAACAUUGAAUCUCAAAAGCUAGACUAAUAUUUGAUAAAAACGCAAGAGGAUAUAGCAUUGUUCUCGUUUGUGUCCAUUCUGGAUUACUUCAAUAUCGUCUGUGAGGGAGAAAAUGGCAAGAUUGAAUCUAACUGCAAAGCUUGUGGCACAAGGAUUCAGGCUAAACGGACAGUUACUUCUAACUUUGUUACACAUUUAAAGCGCAAACAUCAGGCCAUGUAUGAUGAGUUUGUGAGGAAGAAAGAUGUGAAAAGGGAGGCAAUGCAGAUGUGUACUGGCCCUCCAAGUGGCAGAGUGAUCUCUCAGAGUGGUGCUGGAAUGAACAAGUUUGACUACAGUGACCCCCGCCAGUCCCUAAUUUCAGAAGCCAUUGCCAAGAUGAUCAUCCGAGACCUGCAGCCGGCACAGAUAGUGGAAAAUGAGGGUUUUCGGGAGCUUCUUCAGCUACUGGAGCCCCGUUACAUACCAGUACCAUGCCAUUAUAUACAACAGCAGCUCCUGCCAGCCUACGUCACCCAAGUCCAACUAGCCGCCAAACAGGCUUUAAAAGGAGCCGAGUCCUGCAGUGUGACCCUUGACCUGUGGAGCUCUGUGGGUCAUAACACUAGUGUUGGGUUUCUUGGAGUGACUUGCCAUUUCAUUAACACAGACUGGCAUAUCAGAUCCGCUCUUUUGGCAUGCUUACCUCUUCCAGACCACAGCAACACUCAGCAAGUGCUCAGCGAAUUUGAUGAGAUCUCUGAGUCCCAUGGCAUCUCUGGCAAAGUGUUCAGAGUCGUUGCAGACUUGUCGCCCUGUGAAAACAGAUCAGCUUUUCGUCUUCCUGGGUUCAAUCUCGUUAGAAAUGGUGAAGAAGAUGAAGAAGAUGGUAGCGAUGAAGAGUCCAGUGCAGGGGAAGCCAAAGACGCCAUUAGUAGCAAAGAGAACAACAAGUCUUUAGAUCAGUGUCUUGGUCGAAGUAGGAUAGACUGCUUUGCUCGAUUACUAGCUCAGUGUGUUAAGGAAGGAGUUUGUGGUUCCCCUCAAAUAUCCAUUCCUCUAAACAAAGGAGCCCACCUGUAUAACUACAUAAUUGCUACAGUGGCUCCUGAAAAACUUGUCCAAGUGUUCGGCUCCAGCACCUCAACAAAUUGGCAAAGACCCUCAUCCACAUACAAGUGGAAUGCUCAGUUAAAAAUACUACGGCAAAUGGUAGAGUCAAUGGAUUUUCUUGAAGACAUUGUGGAUAGACAUGACCUUGUCCUCAGUAACUUAGAAAAAGCAGAGCUACGGGAGCUGGUUGAAGUGUUGGAGCCCUUUGAGGAGGCCUCAGACAUGGUCCAAGGCGACAAGCAUGUGUCCAUCAGCCUAGCCCUGCCAUGUGUGCUAGGUCUGCGCAAGCACCUGGCCGAGGUCGUUACUCACCAGUGCUCUGGGAUCGUGAUGGCAUUGUCUCAAGCUCUGGACCGCAGACUGGCAGGCAUUCUUGAGGACCCGCUUUAUGUAACAGCCACCACCCUGGACCCACAGUUCAAGCUGUCCUGGAGCAGUGACAGCGACUGGCACAAACAGGUGCUGCUGGAAGAGGUUGGAAAGCAUACUCGGCCUUUGAGUCCACUAGAACAUCACUCAGAGGCCCAGCCGUCACCGUCCAAACGCUGCAAGCUGUUCUCUUUCAUUAAGCAGAGGCCUACCACUCAGGCCAAGACUGUGGAGCAGGAACUGUCCACAUAUCUCCACGAAGAACCCACAGACGAGGAUCCACUACAAUACUGGAAACGCAAGUCCAUCGAUUUCCCCCUCCUCUCACAAGUAGCCAAAAAAGUUUUUACUGUGCCAGCAACAACCACAUCAGUGGACCAGAUAUUUAACAUGGUUAGUAAGACACUCAGACCAGAGCAAUGCCGACUUCUGCCAAAAAAUCUGGACACUCUGAUUUACCUGAAGGCUAACUAUAGGAUACUUUGGUCCUAACUGCAAAGAGAGCUAUUUUCUAUGGAUUUUCUUUUUACAGAUAUCACACCAAACACCUCAAAUGCAAAAUGGGGAUUGUGCCUGAUAUAUGUCUAUCUAUAAAGAACUGUGCAUUUACCCCAAAGUAAACAAAAUACUGUUGUCAGCGAA